AUGUCGGACGCGCAACAUGGGGAGCGUGGGGGAGGCAUGCACGCCUCUCCCCUCUCUGCCGACUUCGACAACGACGCUAUUGGAGCGAUGGCGGAUCUACACUCCUUCCACACAUCAUCUUCGCCGCGGCACGUUCGCUUUCCCCAAGGCCACCGCGACGACGUCUCCGGCACCUCCAGCGCCGUGCAGUCCCUCACCUCGGCCAGCACGCUGGACAGCUCCAAGCUGGAUCUCUCACCCUCCGACUCGGCCGCCCGCGAGGGCGUGCUUCGGGACACCUUUUUCCCGCGCCUCAAGAAUGACGCCGUUCCCAACCUGGACGACCCCGAGGAAAUGCAGAAGAAGGACCCCAUAGGCACCCAAAUAUGGAAGCUUUACAACAAGCAAAAAUCCCAGCUGCCCAAUUCUGAGCGCAUGGAGAACCUGACCUGGCGGAUGAUGUCGAUGAACCUGCGGAAAAUGCGUAGGCAGAGUGCACAGUUAUCUCACAAACCGACCAACGACGAUAAGAGAGCAGGCUCGAGACCCACAACCGCGCCCAGCGGCAUCGCCCAGCUACGAAGCUUGUCUCGGGACAAGCAAGCCCAGCUAGACCUCGAGGCCAGCAAGCCCGAGCCCAUGAACCUCGACGAUUUCAUCGUGCCCUCUUCAGUCGCCUCUCCAGCGGGCGUGCCACACUCGCCCUCGGCCUCGGACGAUCAGCCGUCGUCGACGAAUGCCACCGCUCCCGCCAUUCCGAUAAGGAAACAGAGCCAGCUGAACGACCAGACCCUUCAUAUUUCGCGCGCCUCUGCUCCGUCCGUGCAGCCGGUAGUGUCGAGAGAGAAUGAAUUCGGUUAUGUGCAGAGGCACGUACGCAAGACGAGCAUCGACGAGCGAAGACCUCCCAAGAGGAAGCCGGACGCGUCCCCGCAGGUACCCGCUGUGAGCAGCAUUAUGAUACCCCACGACCCCGAGGACCAGGGCUUCCACGACUACUCUCUGGACCAACCUCACCCUCCUCAGUUCCAGCAGCACUCCAACUCCAACCAGAUUCCUUUCAACCUCCACACCUUCGAUAUCGACAACGAUCCCAUCAUCAACUCCGCCGGCCCCUUCCAGAACCAGUUCACCUUCUCUCCCAUCGGAUCGCCCAUGGCUACCAACCAGGGAAACAACUACUCUAACAUGUUCAACAACGCCCAUUCGAUGGCGUCGUCUCUCAACUCGACAGAUUUCUACAACUCACCUCCAGGCUCCGCUUAUCCCUCGACCGUCUCGACGCCCCAGCCGAUCCCCGAAGGCGAGCAGAUCUUCUUCGGGGAUCGCAGCGGCAUGGACAUCAGGGGACGCAUGGGCAGCUUCAACCCGCCUCACAACACUAUGUCCAGCUCGAUGCAGCCGUUCAUGUUCAAUCCUACCGCGAGCGACUCGCUGUUCAACAACGUUUCGGCAGCGGGACCACCUCCGCCUUUCUCGGCGCACUCUUACCAUCAAAAUAGCCAUGUGGACCCCAACCAGAUAGUUCAUCCCAGCUUCUCGCAUCCCACGCGCUCCCCUAGCAUGGACCUGUCGAGGCAUGACAACAUCUUUCAAUUCGGAGCGGACUCGGACGACAACGAGGAAGAGGGCGGUGCGUUCGCCGACCGCACGAUGCCUAUGCAGUCGCAGUAUUCUCCAAUGGACGACUCCUCGUUGGACUUCAACGGGACGUUCCAGUGGGACACCAACAACCUCUCGAACCAGUUCAAUCCGACUGCCGCGCGUUUUCCCGCAGGACCUCCACGCAAGACGGUCACGAUCGGGCCAACCGAGAUGGUUCCCUCACCGCAAGAUUGGAGUACUGGGGGCAGCCUCGGGCGUACACACGGUUCUGCGGCUUCUGUCAGCGAGAUCCGGAAUCGUGGAAACGAUCCGCGCCGUCAGAAGAUACCCCGCACCAGCUCCACGCCGAAUGCAGCUGGGCUAGCCCAUCAAGCGAUGCAGCAGCGGCCGCAAUCCUCCCCUAACUCGCCCCCAGAAUCGGGUUUCAGUUCGGCUGCGCCAUCUCGACCGGCGAGCCCUGGUGGCAGCAAAUCAGGCGACCAGAGCGGCGCGCCAACCACAUGCACCAACUGCUUUACGCAGACCACACCCUUGUGGAGGCGCAACCCUGAGGGUCAUCCGCUUUGCAAUGCAUGCGGUUUGUUCUUGAAGUUGCACGGUGUCGUGCGCCCGCUGUCGCUCAAGACGGAUGUCAUCAAGAAACGCAACCGUGGCAGUGGCAACAGCGUGCCCGUGGGCGCUUCGAGCAGGUCGAAGAAUAAGACAUCGCGCAAGAACUCGAUCGCCGCGCAGUCUACUGCGACUACGCCCAACUCAACCAAGGCCAGCGGUGCUGAGUCCGAAUCCCCGAAGUCGAUGGCGGGUUCGGCGUCCAAUACGGCCGCCAACACUGCUAGCAACGUCAGCGCUACUGCUUCUAAAAAUGGCGUCGUUCCAAUUGCACCCGGUCCCCCCAAAACGCAGUCGCAGACCUUGGCUGCUUCUGCUCCGGCACGGAACGCUGCCGUUGCUCCCAAGCGGUUGCGGAGUGCGAAGCCUGGCAACCAGGAUACUGAAAUGGGCGACGCAGACGACACGACUGGAAAAUCUGCUCCCUCUGUCAGCAGCAGCAGUCAGAGGAAGAACGAGCCGAAGCCUCUCGUCCAGGCCCCGCCAUCCAUGGCUACCCAGCACAACCCCAUCCAGAUGGGGUCCAUGGGACAAGGCGCAAUUCCCGGGUCCGGAAGCGGACCGCAGGAGUGGGAAUGGCUGACAAUGAGCUUGUAG